UUAAAUAGGUGUGUGUUUCAGUCUACCUUUGCCGCACAGGACAGUGUCAGGCAUCAGCAUAGAACUGGAACAGAUGCUUCCUGUGCUGAACAAUAUGACACCAGCUCCUCUAACACAGAACUGCACCAACUGCAGCCAGGUUUUAGUCCCAGAGCUCAACGUAGUCAAAGCUGUGGUUUUGGGCUUGGUACUAGGCGUCUUCAUUGUGUUUGGAGUUGUGGGAAACAUCCUGGUAAUCCUCUCAGUAGUUUGUCAUCGACAUCUGCGGACAGUGACACAUUAUUUUAUAGUUAAUCUGGCAGUGGCAGAUUUGCUGCUGAGCUCCACCGUUCUCCCCUUCUCUGCCAUUUUUGAGAUCCUGGAUCGUUGGGUGUUUGGACGGGUCUUUUGCAAUGUUUGGGCAGCUGUGGACGUGCUCUGCUGCACUGCCUCCAUCAUGAGCCUUUGUGGGAUCUCUGUGGACCGCUACAUAGGAGUCAGCUACCCUCUGCGUUACCCAGCUAUUAUGACAAAACGCAGGGCUCUGCUGGCAGUGAUGCUGUUGUGGGUGCUGUCUAUCAUCAUAUCCAUCGGACCUUUGUUUGGCUGGAAGGAACCAGCUCCGGAGGACGAGUCCAUCUGCAAGAUCACAGAGGAACCGGGCUACGCUAUCUUCUCUGCUGUGGGCUCCUUCUACCUCCCUCUGGCCAUCAUACUGGCCAUGUACUGUCGGGUUUAUGUGGUAGCUCACAGAGAGAGCCAGGGCUUGAGGGAAGGCCACAAGACAGAGAAGUCAGAUUCAGAGCGGGUGACACUCAGGAUACAUAGAGGCAACACAACUGUAUCAGAGGACGAGGCCCUUCGCAGUCGCACACAUUUCGCCCUGCGACUGCUCAAGUUCUCACGCGAGAAGAAAGCCGCCAAGACCUUGGGCAUUGUGGUUGGCUGCUUCGUGCUGUGCUGGCUGCCUUUUUUCCUGGUGCUACCCAUCGGCUCGAUGUUCCCUGCAUACAGACCUUCUGACACAGUGUUCAAGAUCACCUUCUGGCUCGGUUACUUUAACAGCUGCAUCAACCCCAUCAUCUACCCAUGCUCCAACCAAGAGUUUAAGAAAGCUUUCCAGAGUUUACUUGGAGUUCACUGUUUGAGGUUGACUCCCAAACCACACCGCCAUCUGAGUGCAGGUCAGAGUCAAACACAGGGUCACAGCCAGCCCCUCACUCUGGGCCUGGACAGCAGGGGGGCUCCCUGUCGGCUCAGUCCCUCCUCCUCUAUGGCCCUGUCCAGAACCCCUUCCUCCAGGGACAGCAGGGAGUGGAGAGUCUUUUCUGGAGGCCCCACAAAUGGAUCCGGGCCGGCCGAGACAAGCAGGACUAAAGUUGCCAAACUCUGCAGUAAAGGCUUCCACCAAACCUGCUGCUGCAUCUUCAGUGGUGGGACACCCCCGCAGGAGUCAAACUGCGGCCAACCCCCUCCUGUCGGAAACCUUCCCACCAUUAAAAUCCACCAACUGUCCCUGUCGGAAAAAGGAGAGCCUGUAUAACCAUUGUAAUCCUUCAUCCAUUAGUCAUGACUCCCCUUUCAAGGUCACAGAUGAGACUGUGUUUCCUUUUGCUCUGUUAAUGUCACAAAGGAUGAGCUGUGUUGGAAUGGCUGCUUUGAUAUUCAAAUGUGAAACCUCUCAACUAUGACAUCAUCCUGUGAUUUCUCCUGGAUGUAUGAUUGUCAAAAUCCUCCAAAGAAAUAUCACAAGCACUAAAUGUUACACCUUUAAGAAGACGGCUUGUUAGUGUUCUAAAAUACAAAACUUUACUUUGGGAGAUUCAUCAGAAUAUUACUGACAUAAUGUUGUCCUUUUUUGUCAUAAAAAUAAAGCAAAUUUUGGGAAAGUGUAGAAAUAAGACCCUGUGAGCUCUUCCCUGAGGUGGACCAAAUGAAAAGAUCCAUUUAGUACAAAAGCUGUGAAAUUAUUUCCUCAAGAGGACCAACAAAUUCCUAGAUGUUUACAUAUUUUAUAUGACUGUUGAGCAAUUCAAAUGUAUGAAAAUGUAAAAUAGGAAGGUUUUAUAUAUUGCAUGGUUUCACCAAUUGUUCCAAAAAUGCUGAUCAGUGGUGCUCCUGUGAUCUCCAAAGUUUGCCUAAUGCUGUUCCUGUCGUCAAAAUGUUGUUUGUGUACUGCUCUGUACACAGUG